CGUGUUAAAAAUGUAACUAUGUUUCGAAUCAUUUCACAAUACACCAUCAACAAUGUGUUAAUAAUAAUAGAAUAAAAAAAUUUUCUUAAAUUAAAAUAAACAAAUUCAUUCAUUUUGGACUAUUUUAAAAUUCCAUUUAAUGUAUUUAUGAACGUUUAAACACAUUUUAUGCAUGUAAUUUUGAAUUUUCGCUUUCGUUUGUUAAAAGAGAAUUGUCCCGCAUACACAUAAAAGCGUACGUCCAUUUAAAAAUUACGAUUCCAUUGUUCUUAUUGUCAAUUUGUUAUUCAAAUGACGAUUUAAAUAUUCAAUAAUAUUAAAACACUUUAAUCUUUCGGACACGAAUGCCAACUCCAAAGUCUACGCCAGUGAAUUAUAGUUGACAUUUGCUUCUAUUGGUUCUCAUUAUCAGUUUUCAUAAAAAGUGCAAAACGUAAUCAUGUUAAUUAGUUGUAAGCUACGCAUUUGAAGAUCUCUUUCAAUGUAAUUCUCGAGUUAAAUCAUUCUAGUCAGUGUCCAAGUGUUUCUUAUUGGAAUAUAAUGUUGUGCUAAAUAACAGUACUCGCAUAUUACGUUUAACCUCUUCUUUUAUAAUAGAGACAAAAAUAAAUUUGAAAAAUCUAUACAUAAUUUUUUUCGUUCAGUUUAUGAAUUCUUUUCUCUAUCGAAUGUCUUAAAAUGUUUUACUUUAUUUUUUUUUUUUUUUUAACAAGCUUGUCUAAUCUACGCAAGCAAAGUAUUGUUGAAUAAAAAGAAAAAAAUACAAAAUAUUUAUAAAAAGAUAAUCUUAUCCUCUCUGAUCUCAUCCUUUAUAAGACGAAUUAUAAUUUAAAGCUUAGAAUUGAUAAACAUAAAAAGAAAAAAUAAGAGAAUAAAAUGCCUGGUAAUCUCAGUAAGUUUAUUAAGCCAUUAUGCAAGGAUUACUCACAUCAAUGGAUAGAUUCGUGUAUUUCUGCGGCGAUGGGUCUCGGAUUGCACAGUUUACAAGAAUCUCUGAAAAUCUAUUCAACUGUAUAUAUUGCAAGUUUAUUAAUUAAUCGAAGAAAACUAACAAAAGAUGUCAUAAUACGUACGAUAUUAGGAAUCCUCCAAUCUUCAGCAUUUCUUUCUAUGACUGCAUUUAAUUAUUCCGCAAAUAUUUGUGCUUUAAAUCGCAUCCUGGGUGGUAUGAAUAUUUUGACAGUAUCUUUUUUACCUUCAUUUUUAUCUAAUUUAAUUACAAUUAUAAUAGAAAAACCAACUAGACGUACUUUAUUAUGCCUCCAUGUGUCAAAUAUUGCAACAGAAACCUUGUUUAAUAUGGGUGUUUGGAGAGGAUAUUUUCCAAGCAUUCCAUAUGGACAAACAUAUAUUUUUGCUGCAAGUAUAACUAUAUUACUGUACUUACAUCGAACUAAACGUAUCAAUCAAGACUCUAUAUACAAUAUUAUUAGGUUCGUCAUUGGUCCAUACGAACAGUUUCAAAAUUGUAACCAGAAAACUAAACAUUUACAAACUACUUCCAUUGAGUCUUCAGACUCAAAUCAAGAAUGUAAACGUCAUACUUUUAAUAUUAUUUUGAAAUCUUUUGAAAUUUACAAACAAAUAAUAAAUAAUUUAAAAAAUAAAUAUAAACAUUGGUCUUGUCCACAUCCUCAUAGCUGUUAUCAUUAUAUAUUAAUGAGUGGAACAAAAUUAUUUAGUUAUGGAUAUGGUAUUCAAGUAGCCAUUCAAUUAAUUCUUCAGAGUCAAAAUAUUUUUAAAAGACCAAGACAUAUAAAAAAUAUAUUAUUUAAGAAACAAUAUUUAAAUAUUGCGACAUUUCUAGGAGGAUUUUCUGCACUUUACAAAUUAACCUUAUGUUCAUUACGAAGAACAUAUGAUAAAGAUUCACCAAAAUUUGCUAUUCCUGCUGGAUUGAUUGCCAGUAUAGCAUUUAUUGCAUUUCCAAAUAAUACUUUAGCUUUAUACUUCAUGUGGAAAGGGCUACAUUUAAUCUGGAAUGAAGGAGUAGAAAAAGGAAUAUUUCCUGAAUUUAAGUGGUUUGUUAUUUUUCUAUAUAGCUUUUCUACAGCAGUACUUUUCCAUGCAGCUAUUGUAGAACCACAAAAUUUAAGGUGUUCUUAUUGGAAAUUUUUAUACAGAGUAUCUGGUGGAAGAAUAGCAGUAAUAUCACGUCUUUGUUUAGAACCCUUUGGUAUGAAUAGUAAUAAAUAUCUGCAAGAAGUAUUGGCAAAAACUAAUACCACUAAUCAACAUACAUUUUCAUUUUAAUUAGUUGGAUGAAAUUAAAAAAAAAAUCGUGUAUUAUAUUUUUCUAUAUUUACUAAGUCAAGGUUGCAUCAGGGUUGUUCUUCUAUCAAAACGUAACAUAUUGGUUUUUUAGAGUUGUAACUUUAUAAUCAUUGCAAUAACCAAAGUAUAAAAACAGAUAUUUUUACUGAUAUUUACCGAUAAUUUUUUCAAUUUUUCUAUUUUAUUACUAGUUUCAAGAUAUUUUAACCACAGAUUUAAAACCGUUAUUAUUCUGUUGUUGCUAUCAUUUUAGCAAAAUUAUACUAAAAUCACGGUAGAAAUAGUGUUAAAUCUGUAAAGUAAUCAUAAGAGGAAAAGAAUACGAUAUUAUAAUAAUCAGAAUUUAAAUUUCAAAUAGUGUUUGAUGUAAUAUUGAAAUCAAAAUGAGAACUAGAAAAAUUUUUUAAUCCAUUAUAAAAUAUGUUGAUAAUAAAAUCAUUAUAUAGUGUAUAUCUUGAAAUUAGUAUAUAUGAAUUUCAUUUUAUAGUAUGUAGUGAUAAUAAAGGUGCCUGGACUUUAUAAUUUUGUAUAAAAUCAAAUUAUACUUUUGUAAAUAAAUAUUUAACAGAACGUAACAUUUAUAAAUCUAAAUAAUAAAAAUAUAUGAUAAAUA